ACAAAGCAAUCCUUGUCGGAAAAGAUAUUUCGGUAAAAAUGCUCCGAAGAAUCACCUCUUCCUCCUCGCUCUCUUCGCCCCCUCUCUUCUUCCGCUUAUUUCUUCACUCUCCUCGCUAUAACUUUCCGCUGUCAUCUUCACGGACCGCCGUCAGCGUCUCCGGUCGCCACCACCACCACCUACACCGGCUAUCCGCUCCUUACACAACUCUUCGUAGUAUUUGUUCACACUCUUCAUCUGAUCUCGUCUCCGAGCAUCCUCCGUUCGUCAGGAUCUACAAAGACGGUCGCGUCGAGCGUCUUUCCGGCACCGAAACCGUCCCACCGUCUCUAACUCCUCAAAACGGUGUCGUCUCGAAGGACGUCGUGUACUCACAAAAGCAUAGCCUCUCCGCUCGACUCUUCCUUCCUCAUAAAGCCAGAGAACUCGCCGCCGGUAGCAAACUCCCGUUGCUUAUCUACAUCCACGGCGGAGCGUGGAUCGUCGAGUCGCCUUUUUCUCCCAUUUACCACAGUUUCCUGACGGAGGUUGUGAAAGCCGCGAGUUGCUUGGCGGUGUCGGUUCAGUACCGCCGCGCGCCGGAGCAUCCGGUCCCGGCGGCUUAUGAGGAUUCAUGGUCUGCGAUUCGGUGGGUCUUCUCGCAUUCAGAUGGGUCUGGUCCUGUGGAUUGGAUCAACGAAUAUGCUGAUUUCAACAGAGUUUUUCUCGCCGGAGAUAGCGCCGGAGCCAAUAUGUCGCACCACAUGGCCAUGAGAGCGGGUAAGGAGAAGCUUAGCCCUAGAAUCAAAGGGGUUGCGAUUGUUCAUCCAGCUUUCUGGGGGACUGAUCCUGUCGACGAGCAUGAUGUGCAAGACGUGGAGACGAGAAGAGGAAUCGCGCAAGUUUGGGAGGAGAUCGCGAGUCCGAAUAGUGUUAAUGGAACGGAUGAUCCGUUGUUUAACGUGGUUGGAUCCGACUCGGAUUUUUCCGGGUUGGGAUGUGAGAAGGUUUUGGUUGCGGUGGCGGGGAAAGAUGUGUUUGUGCGACAAGGGUUGGGCUACGCGGCGAAGCUGAAGAAGAGUGGGUGGGGAGGAGAUGUUGAGGUGGUUGUGGAAGAAGAGGAAGAUCAUUGCUUUCAUCUCUUAGACCCUGAUUCUGAAAAUGCUCCCAAAUUCUUGAAGAAGUUUGUCGACUUUAUCACCUGUUGAAGAGUAUAGCUUAAACUCUGUUCUUGACUUUAGUCUGAUAAGAAUAAACUUGAUGUCUUCGUUUUUUAUUCACGCAUAAUGUCUAAACUGAUCAAUCUUAAAUAAAGUAAUAAUCCAAUCUUAA